AUGAUGGCUCCCCCCGAUGUACCGGGAGGAUACAUUUAUCUCCCGCCUCCGACUGAUGAAGGUUAUCUCCUUCGUUUCAUCAUCGAGGGAACCAGCUCCAUCUGCCGGCAUGGAAGCCUCUGGGUCAACCUCCCUGAAGAAGGGAAGGACUUUGAUCGCCAUUCAUUCCGUGAAUUCAGACUGCAGCCGAAUUUCAACCAGAACAUUCAAAUCGACAUCCCAGUGACUCGUGCGGGUGCUUUUGCCUACUACACUACAUUCUAUCCGUUGCCAGAGUUCUCGGUCGAAGAUGUCCCCGCUACAGAGCCAACUAAAACUUCGCUUCACUACAUAGACGUCUCGCCGAGACUGACUGUCCAGAACAAGGAUCUGCCCCUUAAUGCACUCUCCAUCUUUUCGGUGAUCUCCAAAUUCAUGGGCCAGUACCCGACCGACUGGGAUAAGCAUUUGAAUGGAAUUAGUCAACGGAAUUACAACAUGGUUCACUUCACUCCUCUAAUGGAGCGUGGUGCCUCCAAUUCCCCCUACAGUAUUUACGAUCAGCUUUCAUUCGAUCCUGCCUUUUUCCCCAAUGGGGAGGCUGAUGUGGCAUCGCUUGUCUCGCGAAUGGAGAAGGAGUACGGGCUAUUGACUCUGACGGAUGUCGUUUGGAACCACACGGCUCACAACAGCAAAUGGCUGGAGGAACACCCCGAGGCAGGGUAUAGUGUGGAGACCGCUCCUUGGUUGGAGUCUGCCCUCGAGUUGGAUACUGCCCUAUUGAAGUUCGGCGAUGAUCUCGAAAGUCUUGGACUACCGACAGAAUUCAAGACUGCCGAAGACCUAAUGGCUAUAAUGAAGGUCCUGCGUAAAGAGGCUAUCGACGGGAUUCGUCUGUGGGAAUUUUAUGCUAUCGAUGUCAAGGCCGAUACCAAGAAGAUCCUAGAAGCCUGGACUACUGGAAAGGUAGACCGGACCACUCUGGAACAUUCUGAUGUGCAAUUAUUCAAGGACCUACCACCCAAGAAGCAAGCUUUGACAAUUCGGGAACUCGGUAUCCCAAACGCGAAGCAGGUUCUUGGACGAUUCGGCCGUUCCGUGGAUGCAGCAUUCGGUGCGGCUUUGCUCACAGUCCUCCACGGCGAGUACAGCCAAGCCAGCUCGAACGUUGGUGAAGUCGAAUCCUCCUUGUCGAAGAUCCUUGACGCCGUCAACCUACCCCUCUACGAGGAAUAUGACACGGAUGUUGCCGAUAUUAUGGACCAACUGUUUAACCGCAUCAAGUACCUACGAAUCGAUGACCAUGGUCCCAAAAUGGGACCUGUGCACAAGGACAGCCCUCUCAUCGAGACCUAUUUCACCCGUCUUCCAGAAAAUGAGGUUACCAAGAAACACAGUUCAAAGUCAUUGGCACUGGCCAAUAACGGAUGGAUUUGGAACGCCGACGCGAUGCGUGACAAUGCCGGACCGGAUUCUAAGGCCUACCUUCGUCGUGAGGUCAUCGUUUGGGGUGAUUGUGUCAAGCUCCGCUAUGGAAACUCGCCCAAAGAUAACCCAUUCCUUUGGGAUUUUAUGACUCGAUACACCCGACUUAUGGCGAAAUACUUUACUGGAUUCCGCAUUGACAACUGCCACUCGACACCUCUUGUCGUAGCUGAAUAUUUGCUAGAUGAAGCUCGAAAGGUCCGACCAGACUUGACGGUAUUCGCCGAGCUAUUUACAGGAUCCGAAGAGGCCGAUUAUGUUUUCGUUAAGAGACUCGGAAUCAAUGCCCUCAUCCGGGAGGCCAUGCAAGCCUGGAGCACCGCAGAAUUGAGUCGUCUAGUCCACCGUCAUGGAGGUCGUCCAAUCGGUAGCUUUGAUGUGGAUUUGCCAUCCGCUGGCAGCUCUCACGCCAUUGCGUCUGCGAAGAGCGGAGCUUCAGAUGAAAAGAUUACCCACAUUCGGCCGUUGCCUGUCCAGGCCCUCUUCAUGGACUGCACCCAUGAUAAUGAAGUGCCGGCCCAGAAGCGAGAUGUUAGGGACACCCUUCCCAACGCUGCCCUCGUUGCCAUGUGUGCAUCUGCCAUCGGAAGUGUCAUGGGAUACGAUGAGAUUUAUCCUAAACUUAUUGACCUGGUCCAUGAGACUCGACAAUAUGCAUCUCCGUUCUCCGGGGAUCAUGAGCUGAAGGCUGGGGGUGGUGAAGGUGGCAUUGGAGGUGUCAAGAAGAUAUUAAAUGAUCUUCACACCAUGAUGGGCGUUGAAGGCUACGAUGAGACUCAUAUCCAUCACGACGGGGAAUAUAUCACCGUUCAUCGAGUUCAUCCCAAGACCCGAAAGGGAGUUUUCCUUAUCGCUCAUACGGCGUUCCCAGGAAAUGACAGUGGAGCUGUCUUGGCUCCAACUCACAUCAGUGGUACACAGGCCAAGCACCUCGGGUCAUGGGUACUGGACGCCGAUGCCUCCGAUGAUGCUAAGGCUAAGGCUUUGUCGGACGAUAAACAGCUGAGAGGACUUCCCAGUCAGACACGUGAUAUCGAAGGCACCAAGAUCGAAGGUGAUAAAGAUGAUGUGACUGUGGCGGUCUUGGAAACAUUGGUCCCUGGAUCCAUUGCUUUGUUUGAGACCUGGAUCCCUAGCGCCGAGCACGCAAAGGGGCUCGACAAUUUCGUUUCUACCGGCGCCGAUGAGGCAUUCUCGGAUUUAAGCUUGGUCGACUUGAACUUUGCUCUCUAUCGCUGUGAAGCUGAAGAGAGAGACUCCAGCAAUGGCCAGGACGGUGUCUACACUAUUCCCAAUCACGGCCCACUUAUCUAUGCCGGUCUUCAGGGUUGGUGGAGUGUUCUUGAGGAUAUCAUCAAGUACAAUAAGCUCGGCCAUCCACUUUGCGACCAUCUCCGCGAAGGUCAGUGGGCUCUCGAUUUCAUUGUUCAGCGGAUGGAAAAGGUCGGGGCUAGAGAAGGCCACGCUGCCCUUAAUAAGCCUGCUGCUUGGCUGAAGGAGAAGUUUGAUGCUGUUCGCGGGUUGCCAAACUUCCUACUUCCUCGCUAUUUUGCCAUGAUUGUACAGGUAGCAUACAAUGCUGCUUGGAAGACCGGCAUUCACCACUUCAGUGAUCUUGUGAGACACGGCCAGGAGUUCACUCACCAGCUUGCCAUGGUUAGCGUUCAGCAAACUGGAUAUGUCAAUUCGGCCUCUUUGUGGCCUACUAAGCAAGUUCCCAGCCUGGCUGCAGGCCUACCUCAUUUCGCGGUCGACUGGGCCCGCUGCUGGGGCAGAGAUGUCUUCAUCUCCAUUCGCGGUCUUUUCCUUUGCACAGGACGCUUCGAUGAUGCAAAGGAACAUAUCUUAGCUUUCGCGAGUGUUCUCAAGCACGGCAUGAUCCCCAACCUUCUCAGCAGCGGCAAGCUGCCCCGUUACAAUUCCCGAGAUUCGGUUUGGUUCUUCCUACAAGCUAUCCAAGACUACACCAACAUAGUUCCCGACGGAAUCAAGCUUUUGCAAGAAAAGGUCCCAAGGAGGUUCCUCCCAUAUGAUGAUACAUGGUUCCCAUUUGACGAUCCCCGCGCCUAUUCCAAGAACCCGACUGUUCUGGAGGUCAUCCAAGAAGUUUUCCAGCGACAUGCCCACGGGAUGUCAUUCCGAGAAUACAAUGCUGGAUCCGACCUUGAUGUUCAGAUGAAGAGUGAAGGAUUCCAGAUCGAUGUCAAGGUAGACUGGAAUACCGGUAUUAUCUUUGGUGGCAGCCAGGAUAACUGCGGUACGUGGCAAGACAAGAUGGGUGAAAGUGAAAAGGCCGGCAACAAGGGUGUACCAGGCACACCGCGUGACGGCGCUUCAAUCGAGAUUACCGGACUUUCGUACAGUGCCCUCGCGUGGGUUGCAAAGCUGAACGAAUCAAAUGUCUAUCCCCAUGCGGGAGUCGAGACCAGUGAGGGUAAAUCCAUUAGCUUUGCUGAAUGGGCGAACAAGAUCAAGACAAAUUUCGAGCGAUGCUACUUCAUCCCCGUGAACCCGGCCGAAGAUGGCCAAUAUGAUGUGGAUGCCAACAUCAUCAACCGACGAGGCAUCUACAAGGAUCUCUACAAGUCCGGCAAGCCCUUCGAAGACUACCAGCUUCGAGCCAAUUUCCCUAUUGCAAUGGCUGUUGCACCCGACCUCUUCACGCCCGAAAAGGCCUUGACUGCUUUGUCAAUCGCCGAUUCUGCCAUCGUUGGCCCCGUCGGAAUGUCUACUCUGGACCCCUCGGACCUCAACUAUCGCCCUAACUACAACAACUCGGAGGACUCCACCGACUUCGCCACUUCAAAGGGCCGCAACUACCACCAGGGCCCCGAAUGGGUCUGGCAACGUGGCUACUUCCUCCGUGCUCUAUUGCACUUUGAUCUCCUGCGUCGCAAGACAGCUGAUGAACGCAUUGAAUCUUUCCAACAGGUUACUCGGCGACUGGAUGGAUGCAAAAAGGCGCUGCGGGAGAGCCCAUGGAAGGGCCUGACUGAGCUUACCAACAAGAAUGGAGAGUAUUGCGGUGACUCGUCCCCCACCCAGGCAUGGUCUGCUGGAUGUCUUCUUGAUCUAUAUUAUGAUGCCUCCAAACUUUCUUAG